AUGAAACGAAUGCUACCUUAUUGUUUAUGCAGGAAGGGGUAUACAUUGUUAAUAAACACGUGGAAACGAUAUGAUCUACUCAAACAAUCCAUUUCUCAUCAUACAUCUUGUCCUGGACUUGACUCGAUGCACAUUGUAUGGAGCAAGCCUGACCCGCCUUCAGAUCCUCUUGUGAAAUUUCUAAAUCAGGUUGUAAAGUCAAAUGCUAAGAAUGGUCGAUAUACUGAGUUGACUUUUGAUAUAAACAAGGAAGAUAGUCUCAACACCAGAUUUAAAGAAAUCAAGAAUCUAACUACAUUUCUAAAUUCCCAAAUCAAAAAGGUCAUGGAGUUAUAUUAUAAUCCAAUUAUGAUGAGCUGGAACACACGUACAGAUUGCUGUGAAUGGAAUGGAGUCACUUGUGACGACUCCACUGGUGAUGUUAUCGGUCUUGACCUGAGCUGCGGCAUGUUGCAAGGUACCAUCCACCCUAACACCACUCUUUUUCACCUCCCUCGUCUACAGAGACUCAACCUUGCUUACAAUAACUUUACGGAUUCCGAAUUUCCACCUGCCAUAGGCAGACUUUCUAAUAGUCUCACACAUCUCAACAUCUCUUCCUGUGAGUUUACUGGUCAAGUGCCCACAACUAUUUCACACCUUCAUAAAUUGGUGUCCCUUGAUCUCUCUUCGAAUGGGGAUGAUUUCAAUCUUGAACCUCAUGUUUUCAUCAAUUUGCUUCAAAAUUUAAGUGUUGUGAAAGAACUUUCUCUUACAUAUGUUAACAUCUCUGCAGUUUUACCUAGUAAUCUUAGUAUAUCUUCAGCUUUAAAAUUGCUAAAUCUUGGCUCGGCUGGAUUGCAAGGAAACCUGCCUCGCAACAUUUUCAAUCUUCAAUCUUUGGAAACACUCGACUUGUCGUCUAACAGUUUGACAGGACAUAUCCCUUCAGAGGUCUCACUUCUUCCUAAUUUGGUUUCACUUGAUCUCUAUGGGAAUAAUGGGAUAGAUCUUGACCCUCAUAUUUUCAGCAGUCUCCUUAUAAAUUCUACUUUUUUGAGAGACCUUCAUCUUUAUGGUGUUAAUAUAGGUUUUGUUUUACCCACUUAUCUCAAUAUCUCUUCUUCUCUAAGAUCACUCGAUCUCAGCAACACCAGCCUGCAAGGGAAGUUACCUGAUAACAUCUUAAAUCUUAAAUAUUUGGAACAAAUUGAAUUGUCAGGGAACAAUAUUUUCUCUGGUCCAUUUCCCAAGGUUAACACAAGCACUAACAUCCCUCUCAGGAGGUUAGGUCUCUCAGGUUGUGGUUUGAAUGGGUCCCUUCCCAAAUCCCUUGGUAACCUUAGAUACCUUGAAGAUAUAGAUUUAUCAAAUAACAAGCUUUCUGGAACACUGCCUUCUUCAUUGUUUACCCUUCCUUCUUUAGAAUUUAUCAACCUCAAUAAGAACAUGUUCCAAGGAAAUAUGCCACUCGAGUUGUUUUCUCUUCAAUCUUUAGAAUUUUUAUCCCUUGCUAAGAAUCAAUUAACUGGCCUUAUCGAUGUGCUUGAUAAUGGCCCUGACCUGCAAACAUUUCAACGCCUUACCAACCUCAUUAUCCUUGACCUUUCAUAUAAUAAUUUUAGAGGUGACUGGAAUUUGGAUGCAUUGUUAUCAAGCCUUACCAACCUCGCUAUCCUUGACCUUUCAUAUAAUAAUUUUAGAGGUGACUGGGAGUUGGAUGCAUUGUUAUCAAGCCUCACAAACCUUCAAGUACUCACCCUGUCACACAGUGGUAUAUCUGUUACAACCAGUAAUGCUAAUCAUCAUGUCAAUCCUAAUUUUGGGACGUUAAGUUUGGCCUCUUGCAGUCUAAAGGUGUUUCCGGUGUCCAUUAGAGCCAUGACAAAUCUUAGAUACUUAAAUUUGUCCAACAAUGAUAUACAUGGACACAUUCCUGACUGGAUAGGGGAGAUAGGAAGAAAUGAGUUAUUAGUUUUGGAUCUUUCAAAUAACUCCAUUACCGGCACCAUUCCAAAUGUAUACGAGGAUUGGAGCGAGUUAGAGGGGUUUGUUUUGAAUGGAAAUCAGUUACAAGGAAAUGUGCCAACUUCUUUGUACAACUGUCAAAAUCUGAGAAUAAUUGAUUUGGGAAACAACCAGUUAAGUGACACAUUCCCUGGCUGGUUAGGAGAUCUUCCCAAAUUACAGGUUCUUAUCCUAAGAUCAAACAAUUUUCAUGGUGGCAUUAAUGUAACCUCUUCAAAGUUAAAAUUUCCAUUUCCAAGUCUGCAAGUUAUUGACUUGUCUCAUAAUGGGUUUGUAGGCCAACUCCCUACAAAAUAUUUGCAAAAUUUCAAUGCCAUGAAGAAUGUGGUAAAAAAGAACACCAAACCAGAGUAUGUGUCCACAGGUUCCAUUUAUUACUCUAUCAUUGUUACGGUGAAAGGAGUUGAUCAAUACUUUCCACAACUUUCGGUUCAGUACACUAUUGUCGAUCUAUCGGGCAAUAAAUUUGAAGGAGAGAUUCCAAACAUCAUUGGAAAUCUGAAAUCUUUGAUAGUACUAAACUUGUCACACAACAGCCUAACGGGUCAAAUCCCACAUUCUCUUGGGAAUAUAUCUGAAAUUGAAUCGUUAGACCUGUCUUGGAACCAACUCACUGGAGAGAUUCCACAAAGCCUUGUUGAUUUGACGUUUCUUGAGUUCUUAAAUCUAUCACAAAACCAUCUCGUGGGCCACGUUCCACAAGGAAAACAGUUCGACACAUUUGAUAAUUAUUCAUUUGGUGGGAACCCAAAACUCUGUGGGCCUCCGUUGACCAAAAAGUGCGGUGAGCAUCCUCAUGAACUACAACUUGAAGGUGAUGGAGAUGGAGAGGAGAGUGGAUUCACAUGGAAAGUGGUGGUGAUGGGAUAUGGGUGUGGAACCUUACUUGGAAUGGUGUUGGGAUAUAUCAUGUUAUCAACCGGAAGACCAAAAUGGUUCAAUGCAAUUGCGAAUGUAGCAAAUCAUAUGAUCUUAAACAGGGAAAGAACUUUAUGUUGCAGCUGGACCCUUUUGAAUCAUGCAGUUGUUGAGAAACUUCUGAAUUAUGUUAAAAGAAUGCUGAACCUAUCGGUUUUGACCCAAACAAGGGAUUCACGUUUUGACCCUGACCCGUUUCCACUCAUAUACACAAGCCACCCAUUGUGCCAACUCUGCCUGUCAAUUUUAUUGUCUAUAGAUAGAUAUACAUUAACAUCCUUAACCACAUGUUUGGUGUGUGUAAUUGUAGGCAAGAUAUACGAGAUUGGAUCAACAGGAAUCAAUAGUCUAGGAGGCCAUAGCAACAAAAGGACCGAGUGUGUGAAUAGGUUUGUAUAUGAGUUUGGUAAUUCAUUAUGCUUCUUGUACCUUCCACUUCUUACUUUUUUAUUAGCUUCACACUUAGUUUCCUUAGUUACCAUUGUUACCUAUCUCUUGUAUUAA